UUUACUACGAGAAGCAUGCAUUUCCCUACUUUCUUGCUGAUAUCUUGUCGUUAUUGUUAUGCUGUGCAGAUUUUGCAUGCAUCAAAUACAAAUAAAAAUGCCUUCAAGACACUUAUUGCUGCCGAGUACACGGGGGUAAAGGUUGAGCUUGUGAAGGAUUUUGAGAUGGGUGUAUCAAACAAGACACCCGAGUUUCUCAAGAUGAAUCCAAUAGGAAAGGUUCCUGUGCUGGAAACACCUGACGGCCCUGUGUUUGAGAGCAAUGCUAUUGCUCGCUAUGUUACCAAGGUGAAGCCUGGCAAUCCUCUCUUUGGUUCUUCACUGAUUGAAUAUGCUCAAAUUGAACAGUGGAAUGAUUUUUCUGCUACUGAGAUUGAUGCAAAUAUUGGACGAUGGCUAUACCCUCGUCUUGGCUAUGGUUUAUAUAUUCCCCCGGCUGAAGAGGCUGCAGUAGCUGCAUUGAAGAGAGCUUUGGGUGCUGUCAACAUUCAUCUUGCAUCUAACACCUUCUUGGUUGGGCAUUCAAUAACAUUGGCAGACAUUGUAAUGGCCUGCAACUUGAGUAUUGGUUUUAAGUUGAUUAUGACUAAGACCUUUACAAAAGAAUUUCCACAUGUGGAGAGAUACUUCUGGGCUGUGGUUAAUCAGCCAAACUUUCGCAAGAUAUUGGGUGACGUGAAACAAGCUGAAUCUGUUCCUGCUCCUGCAUCCCAGAAGCCAAAAGAACCUGCAAAGCCCAAGGCAAAGGAGGAGCCAAAGAAAGUGCCUAAAGAAGAACCAAAGCCUAAAGUAGAAACGGAAGAAGAAGUUCCCAAGCCUAUGCCAAAGAAUCCUCUUGAUCUCCUGCCCCCAAGUAAGAUGAUUCUGGAUGAUUGGAAGCGGCUUUACUCCAACACAAAGACCAAUUUCCGCGCGGUUGCUAUUAAAGGAUUCUGGGACAUGUAUGAUCCUGAAGGAUAUUCUCUUUGGUUCUGUGAUUAUAAGUACAAUGAUGAGAACACUGUUUCUUUUGUAACCUUGAAUAAGGUCGGUGGUUUUCUUCAAAGAAUGGAUCUGGCACGCAAAUAUGCAUUUGGUAAGAUGUUGAUAAUUGGUUCGGAGGCUCCGUUUAAGGUGAAGGGCUUGUGGCUUUUCCGUGGAAAAGAAAUUCCAAAGUUCAUUAUGGAUGAAGUUUAUGAUAUGGAGCUCUAUGACUGGAAGGAAGUAGACAUCAACGAUGAAGCUCAGAAGGAGCGCGUCAGCCAAAUGAUAGAGGAUUACGAGCCUUUCGAGGGAGAGGCUCUUUUGGAUGCAAAGUGCUUCAAGUAAUGCAUUCAAUUGCAUCGGGUGUAGUUUACCAUAAUUUUGUCCGAAAUUUUGAUUGCUAUUGUUUUAAACUCCAUCUUCCCUUGGAAAAGAGUUAUUAGUACUUUGUAGUGUUGUUUCUAGAUUUGUGUUUUUUUAUUUUUGUAAUAACGGUUAGCCUUGUAUUAUAUUAAGCCAAAAAGGUACACGGGAGCUUGAUGUUGCCCUAGGAUAGUGAACUGGAUACAUAUGUGCUUGAAAUAAAUCGUAUCUAAAUUCUAAAAUAUCCAUUUCCA